CUCCCAAGGAGAACACAGCUAGACUGGUGCUCGCUGGGCUCGGCUUGAAGAGCGCGCGUCCGACCUUGGGUAGCAGUGUUACAGCAAGAAGCUUGGCAGCCUCCACUACGCCGACAGCUGAGCCGUCAGCCACCCGCAAACACCGCGGUCCGGAAACAUUUAUUGAGGCGAUCGAUUUGACCGGUGCCGUUGGAAAGCAACAGUCCCCAAGCAAAAGCCGCGGAAAGAAGAGGAAGAGCGAUGAGUAUGCGGCAGACCUUGUGCUGCGCAAAUCUCCGCGCCCAGAUAAUACAAUACCUGCAUCGAGUCCCAGCACCGACUAUGACGGCUUUGCGAACAUUGAUGACAUGAUGACUUUUGUUCCGGAAAGCCCACCGCCGCCCUACUCGACCACUGUGUCCAAUGGACGGUUGAUGCAGGUCGGCGAAGAGCCCGCUCAGAGCAGUCGGAAGCGCAAGCCAUUGAGCCGUCUUCCGUCAGAAACACUGGCCCCUGCAAAGAAACUAGGAAGACCUACUCGCAGUCCUUCGCCCAUGAAGGGCAUCCAAUUCGCACGUGACACCACGUCCAAGCGAAGAGGCCAAAACACAGUCUUAGAUUCCGAAGAGGACGAUUUCGAAUCUUUGGACGGGUUUGAACUUGAUAUCGUCCCUAUGGCCAGUCCGGAAAAGAAAGCGUCGAACCACUUUGAUACCGCCAGUCAUUCGUCACAGAUCGAGCUACCUAUUCGGUCGCCUUCCAAACUCCGAGAGGCACCCAGCCGUUCACAGACAACAAAGCACGGCCCUCUAGUUACUCCAGAGACAUCUCAAUCUUCGAAGACGACGCUUCAAUCUCCCACGAAAGUGCAGCCUAUCCCGGCAUCCACACAGUCUGCUCCCGCUCCCGCCGCUUCGCAAUUGCCAAGCGAGGAGAAGGCCAACAUCCGUCAGGCAGUUGAGAUGUUUUUAGACUCGGAGGGACGUCGUCUGAAGCGGCAGGUUGAAUCUGCUGUCGGUACUUGGGCGAAAGCUAAAGAUGCGUACCUAAAACACGCGGAAGCCGGCACCUCAACGCCAGCGCAUCAAGAAGCUAUCAAGCGCGCCAACACACAUAAGAGAGCUCUAGAGCAGCUUCUACUUAUGAAGUCCAAGCACGAAGAUCUGAAUUCCAAGCGACAGGAGCUGAGGGAAAAGAUUGCUGAGGAUCUUGACAACGAAGAGUUCAAUUUUGAAGACACUCAAGCAUUGAAUAGCUAUGCCAAAGAUCUCGACGAUCUCCAGGUGCAGAUGUACUAUCUGUUCAAAGAUGCUGGUCUGGUGAAAUACACAAAAAUGGCCAGCGACACCGCCAACCAGAAUAUGGGUAAAGUCGUUGUGAAGUCUACGCAGGCGACCCCAACAUCGAAUACCAACAGAAUGGCUCCUGCACAAGGUCCGGAUCAUGUACCUCAAACGCAAUAUAUUAAGCAGACGCAGAUCUCCAGACACGAGGUCUGGACACCGUCACGACGUAUCAGGUUCGCUGAAACUCACAUUAUCGAGUCAACCCCUCCACGUCUCGAUUGGAAAGCAGAAUCGCACACGCGUCCUGUGCCCAGUAGUCAGGUUGCGUUUGCUUCGGGAUUAGACUCCCGUCGUCAAGGCGGUUCGCCCCACCAAGGGUUAAACAACACAGUAGAGCCGUUCGUUAUAUCUGACGAUGACUUUGGAGACGACUUCGAUGACGAUGAUGUCAAUUCAAUUGGCGCUACGAUGGGUGCAGCGCCCGAAGCAUUCGAAAUCAACGAGGAAGAUUUCUGCGACGAAGACGAUGACAAUCUAUUUCAUGAGAUCAGCAAUAUUGAUGAGAACAGACCCCGUAGUGGAUACGAUUGGAAGGGUGACAGGGUGGAUACACGAAGCGUCCAACCGACCAGAGGAGUUCUCAAGGAAGCCUCCGCGAACAAGAUACAACGCAAGAGUCCGCCAUCUCCCCAAAAACCACAGCUCAAUGCGCCUGGCAUGAACCACGAAUGGUCGAGAGAAGUUCGGGAUGCAUUGCUUUACCGAUUCAGGCUUCGAGGUUUUCGUCCAGGCCAACUAGACGCCGUCAACACGACACUGAGAGGCGAACACUGCUUUGUUCUCAUGCCCACUGGAGGUGGCAAGUCUUUAUGCUACCAACUACCAUCGGUCAUCAAGUCAGGAAAGACUCGGGGCGUGACUAUCGUGGUUUCGCCUCUUCUAAGCCUGAUGGAGGACCAGGUCGACGCUUGCCGGAACCGUUUCGGCAUGCAAGCAUUCCUCAUCAACGGAGAAUCUACAGCGGAGCACAAGGAAGGGAUCAUGGACGGUCUCCAAGAACGCGACCCCCAAGACUUCAUAAAUGUGCUCUAUGUGACUCCAGAGAUGCUUAGUAAGAAUCAACGGAUGAUCAACGCAUUUCAGCAACUCCAUCGCCGCAACCGUUUAGCCCGAGUAGUUAUCGACGAAGCUCAUUGCGUCAGUCAAUGGGGUCAUGACUUCAGGCCUGACUAUAAGGCACUAGGCGAUGUUGUGCGUCAAUUCUCAGGUGUACCGAUAAUUGCUCUCACUGCUACAGCGACUCAAUUAGUACGGACCGAUGUCAUGGCGAACUUGGGUAUUGGUGGCUCUCGUUUGAUAGCGCAGAGUUUCAAUCGUCCAAACUUGUCCUACUCCGUCCUACCCAAAGCAAAGAAUAUCGUGCUUAACAUUGCAGAUUUGAUCAAAUCCCAGUUUCCUGGCAAAUGCGGUAUUGUUUAUUGCCUCUCACGCAAAAGCUGCGAGACUGUUGCCAAAAAGCUUACCGAUCUCGGCAUCUCGGCCUACCACUAUCAUGCGGGAAUGGAUCCACCCGAGAGAUCAGACGUCCAGCGGAAAUGGCAGGCCAACAAGUACCACGUUAUCGUUGCUACGAUUGCAUUCGGGAUGGGUAUCGACAAAGCUGACGUGCGUUUCGUGGUGCACCAUUCGUUACCGAAGAGCUUGGAGGGUUAUUAUCAAGAGACUGGUCGCGCUGGAAGGGAUGGCAAGAAGUCCUCAUGCUAUCUUUAUUACAAUUAUGGCGACUGCAAAAUCUUGAAAAAGAUGAUUGAUGAGGGCGAGGGCAGCAGAGAGCAAAAACAACGGCAGCACGACAUGCUCAGGAACGUCAUUCAGUUCUGCGAGAAUAAGAGUGAUUGCCGCAGGGUACAAGUUCUUAAUUACUUCAGCGAAUCGUUCAAGAAGGAGGACUGCGGAGAAUCCUGCGACAAUUGCACGUCAGGUGCCACUUUCGAGGAGAAGGACCUCUCUCAAUACGCACAGAAGGCCAUUGAACUUGUCAGGAAAGUACAUGAGUCCAAGGUCACUGUGUUGCAAUGCGUUGAUGCAUUCCGUGGAGCAAAGAAUGCCAAAAUAAAGAAGUCGGACAUUGGCGAUAUCUUUGGAUUCGGGGCCGAUCUGGAAAGGGGCGAUGUCGAACGCGUCUUCAACCAUCUACUAGAGUCUCGUGCCUUGGAAGAGACUUCUGUGUCGAAUAAGAUGGGGUUCGCGACCAACUACAUCCAUCUUGGCCCGAGAAGUCGCGAGUACGCAAGCGGCACAAGACCUUUUAGUAUGCAGGUUCGUGUGACCCCUCGCAAGAAGAUGGUCGCCCAGAAAGAAUCCAAGAAGAAAGCGCCCAAGAAUCGACCCGAGUACCCUUCCACCAAUGUAUCCUCACCAAUUCGAGGUCCGCCUAAACGAAGUACCAAGUCAUACACAUACAACCAAGAUGAUGACGAGGAUCAUCGUAGUGCAGCUCUUCAAACAUCACGCGGAAAGAGUCGAGUGCGAUACGACAACGAUUUCGUCAUACCUGACAACGAUGACGAUGAGGACUACAGCGAUUUCGCGCCCGUACGCGAUGCAAGACCUCCUCCUCCACGACUAAAGCAAAAGACGCACAGUGCGCCUAUCACCGUAGAUGAAAGAUUGAAUGGUAUUGAUGAGCUCCAGCAAGACAUCCUACGCGAUUACAUGACCGGCGCCAAGAAUGCGAUCAAGGAUCUUAAGUUUAAAAAAGGUCUCAAAUUCGCGCCAUUCUCUGAUACCAUUCUCCGCGAAAUGGGGCUUGAUCUUCCCACCACUACAGAGGAAAUGCUUGCGAUCCCCGGCAUCGAUCCCGAAAUGGUAAGGCUUUACGGCAAGAGAUUCUUAGUCCUCAUCAAGAAUACGAGGGAAAUAUUCACGGCAUCGGGAUGUUUGCCUGUACCUAAGAAUCUACUUCAGAGAGCUCAGUCCGAGGACGAAGGAUCUGAAGACGAGGACUACGAGGAAAGACCUGCAGAUCCCAACCAUCGGAUUGAGAUCGAUCUUCUCGGUGAAAGCGACGGCGAUUGCGAAGGACAACCGCAAGUACAAGUUGAGAAUGAGAGUGUUGUGUCAAUGGGUGACUUUGAAGAUGAUGACGAGGAUGAAACUGUGCACACGAGCCAUUUCUUCAGCCACCCCGUCAACCCAGACGUCGAGGCGUUCAACAGACGUUUCUCACAAGCCGAGCCAGCAAGACCAGCUCCCCGGCCGAGGGCACCCAAUGCCGCUAGAGUUGGCUCCGCAAAACAACCCUUCAGGAAGAAAAAUUACCGCAAGCGAACUUCUGCUUCUGGGGAUGCGUAUGCUGGCGUGAAGAAGAGAGGAUCGAGUAAAGCGCCUAGUGCUAAGAGACCUGGCGGAGCCGGCGGCUCAAGAAGGGCGCCUUCGAGUGGCGCUGGAAAUCGAAGAUCUGGUGGUGGAGGUGGUGGUGGAGGAGGAGGAUGGAGCGGCAUCAUGGCGAUGCCGACCGCAUAAAGAUGCGAUCGUUCUGCUAAGAGCGGACAGCAUUUGUGUUGUAUAUCAUCAUGAAGCGCAUAGACGAUAUCAUGAAGGCAUCUUGGCGUUAUUGCCUUGUGGGCAUCAUUAUAGCCGUAGAGAAGCACAUCUAUAAAUGUCAUUGGCCAGCAGGCUCAAUGUCCAUAUGAACACAUAGGCAACC